AUGCGAGUAUCUCCUCACUCCGAAGAAAUCGCGAGGAUGUCCCGCGGGUCGUUUGAUAUGAAACACGCGUUAGAAUGCGAAAGGAUCGCCGCGGAACGGUCUCCCUCAAUACGUCUUACGCUUAGCCAGUUCUUUAGAGAUAAGAAAACUUCAAAAAGCGAUCGUUCGAUAAGAUUUAUCGCCAUAAAUCGCUCCCGUCGACCCGGCGCUCGUGAAAAAUUACACCUCAGGUGUUCCGAAUAA